CUUCCGACUACUUCACUUUUUACUUUUCACGCUCUGAUCUACAGUACUUUACCUAACCUCAUGGUAACGGUGUGCAUUUUGCCAACAUAUUCCCUGAUUUCUCCAUCAUGGCCAAGUCUCGUGCGCGCCCCAAAAAGUCAAAACGCGCGCGUCAGCAACAGCAGAAGCCAACGACUAUGCAGCUGCGAAUUGGUAACGCGACAUUAUCCGUCAACAAAGAUGCACUGAUCCGGGGAUCCCCGUACUUCGCUGCCAUGUUGGACGGGAAUUUUCAGGAGAGCGGCGCCGCCACUAUCGAGCUGCAGCAGCCCGAGAACGUCCAUCUUGAAACGCUGGUUAAAUUGGUGGAGCACCUGAGCCGUGGAGACUCCAAGACCAAGUUGUCAGUUGAACGCAAGGACGCCGUCAAAGUGUGGAUGGCCGCCAAAUACCUGCAGAUGGAUGAAGCCGUGGAAAUGGCCGGGGAUAUCUUGCGCGAGAUAAUGCAGCGAUCGGGGAACCUGUACCGCCUGUGGCGUCUGGCUCGUCGGGACGGACUGAUGGAUUUGGAGAGACUGACCUUCAGGGAGAUUGUUCAGCACCAUCCACGCCGCACCUUUUUUACCGAUUCUGAUGAGUUUCUGAAGUGCAGUGCCGAAGAGAUCAAGGACUUGCUGACUGAUGAGGAGUUUGUGCCAGAAUCAGAAGCAGCUGUGUAUCAGGCUGUGUUGCGUUGGUGCAUGCACGGCGCCAAGGGACGCAAACUGCACCAGCAUGAGCUGCUGGAUGAGUGCGUAGUCUGGGAUCAUCUGGACAUAGAGUCUCUGAGAGCCUCCUCCUCGGGGCCUUUGAAUAAAGCGUUAACCCAGAUUCUCGACGAUCGACGCCACGGUCUGAUGGGCAGUGAAGCGUUGCCGAAGCGGGCCAUUCCGAAAGAAGCCAUCUUCUACCAUAUGCGCGAAGGCCAUCCGCACCAGCUCCUCCGCUUAGACUUCAUCCGCAACGAACUGAACAAACUGGAUUCACCACUGCAGACGACGCUGGCCGAAUGCGGGUCCAAGCUCAAAGCGGACGGUUUUGCGGUGGCCGUGGGACGGGAGCUGAUCGUCGCUACUGGAGAUUACUGUGAGAAAGAAGUGAUCGCGAUGGACUGUAUCACCGGCAGCACACGCCCUCUCGUGGUGAAUUCGCCGUUUCGUGCGAACUUGUGCGUGGCGACGGUGGGAGACCGGCUGUACCGUGCUUGUGGAGCUAGUGGAUACGGCGAAAAUUGGUACUGCCACGAUAUGCCCACGGGAAAAGUGCGUCGGGUCCUGCAGAUCCCGUAUUACACGUAUGAGAAGCAUGCAUUUGCCUUACGGUAUAAUCGUCAUGCGAUGCAGGCCUACGCGCUCCCCAACGGCCGAAUCUGGUUCCUGUCGGUUGGAUCCGUGGACGAGAAGCACGAUAACCACCCACAGAGUUGCGUGGAAUCCUACGACAUCCACAGCAACACGUGGAAGAAGCAUGCCAGCUGGACAGAUAAAGACUUAUUCCAUCAUGACAGUGGGAUCAUCGUCUUGCAAGGCUACCUGUACUUCACGGGCGGCUGCGUGUACGACGAUCCCCUGGAGUACCUGGACAGCUAUCCCAACGUGACCACCGCUUGCUACCGCAUCUCGUUGGUCCACGGGUAUUGGCCGGAGCGUAUUGGGGAUCUGAACGUGGCGCGCUACAAUCACUGCGUCUUCGUCAAGGACGGAAAGAUUUGGGUGUACGGCGGAACGACCCACAUCGAUGGGGAUAAUCAGCGGAAACGGGCGCUGACGUCCUUUGAAGCGUACGAUGCUGAGACUAACCAGUGGACCGUGAUGGAGGUGCCGAUGUCGAAGGAACUGCAGGAUGAAGUGGCGGGAGGGGAUUACGCGCAGAAGACCUUCUGUCUGCCGCUGCAACACCGUCUUCCGCCGGUGUACGAUGGGAAGGAAUUUAACGAUCGUGAUGACAAUUAUGAGUACGUUCUGGAGGAAAAUCGUAGCAUCGCAGCGGCAUAUGGAAUGGGAGACGAUUCGGAGAACGACAGUGAUAGCGAGUGGCCCGCUGGUUUGGAUGACUGAUCAUGUACGGCGUGCCUGUAAAUGCUGGGUUUUGCGAUGCUGGGAAUGCUUUUCGCCUUUAGCACUGCUUUAAGGCGUGAUUUAUUUGUAUUUGCUUGUGAUGUUUUUGCGUGCCUGCUUAUUUGAAUACCUGCAUCU